CCCUACCUCCUCGGCUCUCGGUAGCUUCACUCCCCGCUCUCGGUCUUCCUGGUUCGGCGGAGUGGGGGCGUUUUUUUUAUGUCCGUUUCUAAACACAACAAAGAGUCGCGCGGAGGGGGAUUUAUUGAGGUCAGUCCGGAGAUGAGCUUUAGAGCCGAGGUUCGGGCCUGAGUCGCGGGGGGAGACUUAAAUCUGCUGCUCAGAGGCUGAAGCGAGCGGCGGAAGGUCUUCAUUCAGUCUGUCCUCCGGGCUCAACAUGCGGCUGCUUUUCACCUUUUUAGCUUCUUUCAUCGCUCUAACAGGGGCCGCUGCCCCCCCGGACACGACGGGGCAGGACUUCACGUCUCUCAGGUCGAUGCUGGAGGACUUCGACGUGCUGUCUCUCUCCAGCCUGCAGACGCACUCCGUCCGCCGCCGUGACAUCCAGACGCAGACGCACGUGGAGAAAUUGGUCAGCUUCAGCGCCCUGCAGAGGCACUUCAGACUCUACCUGAGGACCAAUGACGGGCUCUUCACCAAUGACUUCAGAGCCGUGGUCAUCGGUGAGGACGGCCAAGAACAGAACUACCCGGUCAACAUGCACAACUACUUCACCGGACACGUCAUCGGAGAAGAAAACUCUCGUGUUCAGGCUCAUAUCGAUGACCACGAGUUCUCCGCUCACAUCCUGACCGAUGAGGCUGAGUAUAGCAUCGAGCCACUGUGGAGGUUCACGGCGGCGCCCUCCGACGGUCGCCUCCUGAUCUAUCGCUCAGAGGACAUCCGCAACAUCAGCCGGCUGCAGCAGCCUUCUGUCUGCGGCUACGUGACCUCUGACCCCAACGACCUCCUCCCUGACAGUGUAAGAGCAGCCAUUGUGGACGAAGAGGAGGAAGAAGAUUCCGCGUUCAGAGGGAAACGUCACGUCCCCGACCACAGGAAGAACACCUGUCCUCUGCUGCUGGUGGCCGACCAUCGUUUCUUCAAGCACAUGGGCCGCGGAGAGGAGAGCACUACCCUCAACUACCUGAUCGAGUUGAUCGACCGCGUCGACGACAUCUACAGAAACACAUCGUGGGAUGAAGACUUCAGCGGGUACGGCGUUCAGAUCCAGCAGAUCAUCAUCGAGAAGAAUCCGACAUCUGUAGAGCCUGGAAAAACUCACUUCAACAUGAAGGGAAGUCCGGUGAAGGGCAGAGACGUGUGGGACGUCAAGAGGCUGCUGGAGUUCAGCGUGGACAUCGCGGGGAAAGCCUCCAACGUCUGCCUCGCUCACCUCUUCACCUAUCAGGACUUUGAUGAGGGCACGCUGGGCCUGGCCUACGUUGCCCCCUCCAAACUCGACAUCGCUGGAGGUCUCUGCUCCAAAGCUUGUCCUUCAACUCUAAAUGAACAAGGAGUGAUCUACCUGAACACUGGCCUCACCAGCACCAAGAACUACGGCAAGACCAUCCUGACCAAGGAAGCAGACCUGGUGACGACCCACGAGCUCGGCCAUAACUUCGGAGCGGAGCACGACCCAGACAAGCCGGACUGCGCCCCCCGAGAAGACCAGGGCGGGAAAUACGUCAUGUACCCCAUCGCCGUGAGCGGAGACCACAUCAACAACAAGAUGUUCUCAAACUGCAGUAAGCGCUCCAUAGUGAAGCGUCUGAGGUCCAAGGCUCUGUCCUGCUUCAGAGAGAGGAACAUCAACGUGUGCGGGAACUCCCGGGUGGAGCAGGGCGAGGAGUGCGACCCGGGGCUGCUGCACAUCAACUCGGACCCCUGCUGUACACCCGCCUGCAAGCUGAAGCCCGGAGCUCAGUGCAGUGACAGGAACAGCGCCUGUUGCAGGAAGUGCAGGUUCGAGACCAAAGGGGAGGUCUGUCAGGAGCCCAUCAACGCCACCUGUAAAGGGCGCUCACGCUGCACAGGAAACGGCAGCGAGUGUCCUCCUCCUGAAAACGCUCCAGACGCAACAGUGUGUUUGGACAGCGGCAAGUGUCUGGAUGGGGAGUGUAUUCCCUUCUGUCAGGCCGUCCUGAAGCUGCAGCCCUGCGCCUGUAAUGAAACUAAUGCUUCCUGUAAAGUCUGCUGUCGGAACAGCUCCGGCGUCUGCACCCCGUAUCAGAACAAAUCAGGUGACUUCCUGUUCCUGAGGAAGGGCAAACCCUGCACUGUGGGCUUCUGCGAUGGAGCGGGGAAGUGCAUGAAGCAGGUGCAGGACGUGGUGGAGCGUCUGUGGGACUUCAUCGACAAGCUGGAUAUCAACACAUUCGGGAAGUUUCUGGCUGAUAACAUCGUGGGCUCGGUGGUGGCGUUCUCGCUGCUCUUCUGGGUUCCUUUCAGCAUCCUGGUCCACUGCAUGGACAGGAAGCUCGACAAGCAGUAUGAGCAGACCACCAAGUCGCUCCUCUUCCCGAGUAAUGCCGAGCUCCUGAGCAGCCUGGAUUCGGCGUCUGUUCGAAUCUUCAAAUCUCCGACCUUCCCCUCUGGCCCCCUUCGCUUUCAUCCCAGCAGCCCUGAACAGACCAGCGCUCCUGUGGCCUCUGGCGCUGACCCAGCUCGCAGCCCGCCUCCUCUGGACAGCCCCCGCAUGGCCACUAUCCAUGAGGACCCCAGCUCUGACUCCCAUCUGGAUGAAGCAUCCCUUGAGGAGGCAUUCGGGCGUCCAGUGGGGGCGGGGGCAACUCGGCGCUCCUUUGAGGACCUGACGGAGAAGACGAGCCGCAGUGAGAAGGCAAAGGUGUUCAGGCUGCAGAGGCAGCAUCAGAUCAACAGCAAGGAGACGCAGUGCUGAGGCAGCGAGGGCCUCCACCUUCAUCCUUUUUCUGCCUUCAGCUGCCAUCAUGUUUUUGUCCCUCUUCAGGAUCCAUCCCUGACCACAGAUACAAGCAUCAGACUUUCAUUUUAAAAGCAAUCAAGAGCAGUGACUGUUUCCGAGAUUUCCCAGAUUUUAGGAAAGAGCAUCUCCACUCUGAUCCAGAGGCAAACAUCUCAGCAGCUGCCCGGGGGAACCGGCCUCUCACCUCAGACCCUCAGCCAUGUAAAAAACUGAUAAAAUUACGCGCAACACAAAAUACAGUAAAAUUAUAAAAAAUAUACAGUCCAAAUCUUUAGAUAAUGUCGUCAAAUUCAGCUUUGAUUUGUGUUGUCAUAUGCUGUCAGAGAACAAAACCUCCAUAUUACAGCAUAAAUAAAGCUGUAACCUGAAUAAAAAUGAAAGUGAAUGAAACAGAAACAACUCUGACAAAGCUGCAGGUCCAAAAACUGAAGCCAGUGUCAAAGUGCCUUAAACCUGCAGCUAUGACCAGCAGGGGGCGACUCCUCAAGCUUUAAAAAAGUCUAAAUGAGCCUCAUCUCACCUGCAAACACCUCAGGAAGCACCCUCCUGAUGUGGUCAGGACUGUCCUGCCAGAGUCAUGGGGGGGGGGUUGGGGGCGGGGCUGCCGUAUGAGGGUCCCGGCGGCUGCGUCGAUCUUUUAUAUCCGUUCAUUUUGCUUCUUGUCAUUUCGCACUUUAAAGUCUUCCUGGAAUCACACCAGCUGUUUGUCUUCCACUUAAACGUCCCGUCCUGUCAGUGAAGAAGCUCAGCGGUACUGGGACUCAAACCUGCCAGUGUUAGUGCCUUGCUCAACAUGCUGAGCUGCUCUAAAUACAUAAACCUGAAACAUUUUAUCCUCCUGUGACGCCUGUUGGACUGUUUGGAGCCGCAUUUUAAUAAUUAAAAUUGAGCUGAUUAAACAGUUUCUUUGAAGGUUUUGAUAGAAAUUUAAAUUUUAACAGUUUUUAAAGCAAAAGCACUUCGAAACACAGAUUCAGGAUCAGAAAAAUCUGUUUCUUGCUCUCUGAAUAUUUUCCUCUGGGAUAAAUUCUACUGUUUUAUAAACCAAAUAAAGUUUAAAGUUUGCCUCUGAGGGUUUUUCAAAAUGUAACGUCCAGAAGACUAAAAAAAGAAAAAUGCCAAAAUAAAAAUGAAAUAUAACUACAGAGUGUAUCAUUAAAAAUUUAUUUUUUAAAAUUAUUUCUAGUUUUCUAAAGAGGAGCAAGACUUUUGCUUCUACAAAAAUAUGAAAUACAUUUAAAGUCAGGUUCAAACACCAAAGUCAGCUGUGUUCCAAAAAGCUUUAAACCAAUCUUUAUUUAAAAACAGGUGUUUUGUGUUCUUGUUUAAAUAUUUUUGAUGGUUUUAGCAGAGAGCUCCACGGCCAUUCUUCUGUGGUAUUCUGAUGCCAGUGUUUUUAAUGUCGCGCGUUCGUCUAUGCAGACGACGCUCUGCUGUAUUUACCUGUCCUUUACUGUCACAUGACUGGUGAUUUAAUGUCUCAUUUUAUGUCAGCUUUUGGAUUAAAAAAAUAAAGAUGUUUCUGAGACUCUGUGUUUGUGUGCUGCACCCCACCGGGUCAAUGGGUCACCAGGAAAUAGUUACUCAUGUUUGAUCAUUCUGACCCAUGAUGCAAAAGAAACCUGCUGUUGAAGUGAAUAUAAAAUAAUGUGCAAUUUAAGUGUAGGUUAUCAGAGUAUAACACUAAACAUCAUGAGUUUUUUUUUUCUUAAGAGCUGCUCAAGUGAGCAUUAAAAGCUUGCGGUGGGGUGGCUCAGCGGGUGAGCAGGCAGCCAUGGA